AUGUCAUAUAUUAUAGCACCAGGAGAGAAACCCCAAGAUUAUUACGAUACAGAAGUGCUUGACACUCCAAUGCCUGACGACCGGGAUGACGAGCCAGCAACGAAUGGCAAAAGACGUGUGUCCACUGCUCACAUUGAAUUCGACGGUAUCUUGCAGAGCACGCAAGCCAAGUUUGCAUAUGAUGAACUGGUCUCUGCCUGUGCGGAUUUCUUGGGAAACGCUUCCGCAGUGGACAAUGAUGUGAUACGCUUUGCCGAAUCUAUAUUAGCCGUGGUAGGAUCGCCCACAACAUUGGAUACAGCCGAGGUCAAGCGUCGUUUGGAACAAGUACUGCCUACCAGCCAUGCAUUUCGCCAUCACAGAGGCAUGACCCUAUCAGACGAGGAUUGCACUGUGCUGUGUAGUCUUGCUGAUCGAGUCAUCAAUACGCCCUUGGGACAGGAGAGCAACGUGGACAUUGUGGAUAAUGACGAGAUAGAGCAAGAGCAGCAAAGGCAUGACAGUAGCGAUGUCUAUUACAUCAGACAUGACGAAGCACCAGCUAAAUUUCAAGAGUCACUGCCUAAGCAGCUGCCCAGUUUUGUGGAAGCCAAUGCAGAGAUUGGAGAAAGAGACACUAUUGAAUACGACAUGGAUGUGACACCAUACGAUAGUGAAGUAGAUGACGAUCCUCCCAUUCGAAUGCGAGCAUAA